AUGAGCUACCUCCAUCAUCCGUUUCCUUUUAGCGGGCAUCAUGCAAUCCCCGUGGAUCAGCCCUUUGACUAUAGAGUCCCAAUCCGGCACCCUCAAUUAAGCCACCCUGUAGAUACUUAUCUGCUCCCUAACGCCCCCAUCGAUCUCGCGGAAUAUUACCACCAAGCUGCUGCACUGGAAGACUUCGAGGAAUACAAGGAAAAUCUAUCCCGCCCACGAUUAACAAAGGAUCAGGUCGAUACCCUUGAAGCCCAGUUUCAGGCCCAUCCGAAACCAAAUAGCAAUAUCAAGCGCCAAUUAGCUGCACAGACAAAUCUCACUUUACCAAGAGUUGCUAAUUGGUUCCAAAACCGGCGGGCAAAAGCAAAGCAACAGAAAAGGCAGGAGGAAUUCGAGAGAAUGCAGGCGAGUGAAAACGGCGAACAGUGGAAAAAUAACGACACCAAGCAGAAGGAAGGGGCCUCAAAAGAACAAUCGGAGCGCCUGGAGUCAUCCGCGACCCCUACCCAACAGCCAGAUCCUAGUUCGUCUUCUCUGAAUCCCAGCGAAGUGGAAAAGGAAAAGCAACAGCAAGCAUCCAAUUCCAUCAGCAAGCCCGGACUCCCUGAGCCGCCCCAGAAAGCCAUGAAGGCAACUAUGCCUGUUAGCGCCCAAUUCAGUCAGCCUGAGGAGGAAAACGUCCCAAGGCACGGGCCCUCGGAUAUCAAAUAUCAUUUUCCUCAGUCUUCUCUGGGGAACGAUGAUUGUGGCACAUUCGCUUCUAACCUGUGCGGAUGGAACGGAAUUGAAGAUAAUCAUGCCAUUUGGUGUUCAUCGCAAGACAUAGAAGAUAAUAUUGUUUUUCCUCAUUUAAAUAAACCCCAUGGCAACCCGCUCGAAAUCUGCGUUUCCGAGAGCCAGCAAUUUCCCUGCAUCCAGUUCAACCACGAGCCCGGUGAAUGGGAAUGCCAUAGUAUGCCGCAUUUGAUGAGGAAACAACGAAAUAGUAGCCAGGAUCUAAGCGAGGGCUUCCACCCAAUACCGUUCCACGCACUGCAGUCUCCGCUUUAUCCGGAUGAACACCGGCGAGGUUCGAGCUCCUCAGAACAAUCUGAGCUCGCGGACACUCUAUUCCACACUGAAAUAAACAGCAUGAUUGAAACAUCUCCUCAAAAUACUCCCCAUUUGAACAUGGCACAGUUGCGUCAUCAAGUCGAUCCAACUACCAAUUGGCGGCAUCCCGAGAAAGAAGUUGAUAUUGCCGCUCGACGAAAGCGACCUCGACCGGCUGCUAUCGGAACCCCAGCCAUGUCACUUUCAUACGGACCCUCCUCCGUAUCUCCAACCACUAGGAUUCAAGGUAUGGGUGCCGCCCAUGUCCUUAGACAUGCGAAAUCCACCCAAAACUUGAGUCCUAAUCGAUACCCAGGAAUUCGAAAAGCUUCCGUUGCCCAACGCUCCCCUCUAGGUAUAACAAGCUUUGGAGAAACCAGCCGUUUUAAUUGUGCCAAUACCGCAGACUUGAUGUCAACCUUACCUGGUCUGAUAACAACCUCCUUGGCUCCGCCAACUCCCUUAACACCAGAGGAUCUCCAAACCCUUCUUCCGCCAACCCCGAAUGACAGCCAAUACUGCGUCUCUCCCACGGACGAUAUGGGAUGUGCAAGGCUUUUCCCCAUGUCCCAACCUGUGCAAGUGCACAUCGAAUCCCCUCCCACGACCCCGCUACAUUUGGGAGUUCAAUCGCACCUGCAAUUUCAGUCCAUGGGCGUCCCGAUGUCUACGCCCUCACAGCAUACGCCGUUUCAGGAGUACCAGCUCUCUAUCCCAACCAAUCCGAUGAGUGGUGGCCACUGGCCUGAUGCGUCGUCAAUGUCAUCUCCAGAAACUUCCCAUUUGCAGCAGCCAACAAUCCAUAUGCCUCAGCCAACGCAUAUCUCCCCCAUUACCUAUGGGGAGUCUUUGGAUUCUGGAAACCCUGCCCUCGUUGAGGACAUGAUGACAGGCCAACGCGAAUCGCCUCACUGCGCUGUUAAAAAUUGCAACACACCGACCGCAUCGUCGCCGCAAGGUUCCUCCCCAGGCUCACGGAGAGUGACCGAAUUUCUGAUCCAAGAAUUCCCAGAACAACAGGAAGCACACAGGCGGGCUGCGGAACAGCUCCCCCCUCAGAAGCCCAUGAACUAUACGUUCUCCAACCACACGCCCAAUGAUUUCUAG